UACUGGUCCCGUUGCCGAAACCUUGCACGAGCAAGAUACGAUAAUCGAGAGUCGAGAAUCGAGAAUCGAUAUUGUACUCGGGACAAGAAAAGGUCGCCGUCAAGGGAACAACUGAUGCAAUGCAAGAGCUUCAAGCUGCUGAGAAUCGCCAAUUGUGGAUUACAAGCAGUGAAGGAACUCCUGAGAAGCGUCCAAAUUAUAAAGGAAAUUUGGAGACCAGUCAGCCACGGUGAUUGUCGCACCACGCAUAAAGUAGAAUAAAUUUGUUAGCCUGGUCUUGUCUUUGCCACAUAUCACGUAAAACUAUAAAGGAGGUACCACUAUGAACUCUGGAAAAUGAAAAUUCAAUAAUAUUAUGGUUGACGACUGACAGUUUAAAAGAGAGACUACCAUCACCUCAGAAUCUUGGGCGCGCCGCCUGUAAGCUCCGAGGGAGAGGGAAGCCCCAUAAUUUGGCCUAUUUCAGAAACAAAUGACAAUACAAAAAUAACCUACAAUAAUAAUUUGGAUAAAUGAUCGACAUUUUAAAAGAGAGACUACCUUCACCUCAGAAACCUGGGCACGGCGCCUGUAAACUCUGACGGAGAGGGUAGCCCCAUAAUUCAUUUGGCCAAUUUCAAAAAAAAAUGACACUAACAAAAUUAUCUACAGUUAUAAUUUCAAAAGAGAGACUACCAUCACCUCAGAAACUUGGGCGCACCGCCUGUAAGCUAUGAGGGAGAGGGAAGCCCCAUAAUUUGGCCUAUUUCAAAACAAGUGACAGUACAAAGAUGACCUACAAUAAUAAUUUGGAUCAUGACCGACAUUUCAAAAGAGAGACUACCUUCACCUCAGAAUCUUGGGCGCGCCGCCUGUAAGCUCUGAAGGAGAGGGUAGCCCCAUAAUUCAUUUGGCCUAUUUCAAAAACAAAUGACACUAAAUUUAUUACCUACAGUUAUAAUUUCAAAAGAGAGACUACCAUCACCUCAGAAACUUGGGCGCACCGCCUGUAAGCUAUGAGGGAGAGGGAAGCCCCAUAAUUUGGCCUAUUUCAAAACAAGUGACAGUACAAAGAUGACCUACAAUAAUAAUUUGGAUCAUGACCGACAUUUCAAAAGAGAGACUACCAUCACCUCAGAAACUUGGGCACGCCGCCUGUAAGCUCUGAGGAGAGGGUAGCCCCAUAAUUAAUUUGGCCUAUUUCAAAAACAAAUGACACUACAAAUAUAACCUACAAUAAUAAUUUGGAUAAUUGACCGACAUUUCAAAAGAGAGACUACCUUCACCUCAGAAUCUUGGGCGCGCCGCCUGUAAGCUCUGAAGGAGAGGGUAGCCCCAUAAUUCAUUUGGCAUAUUUCAAAAACAAAUGACACUAAAUUUAUUACCUACAGUUAUAAUUUCAAAAGAGAGACUACCAUCACCUCAGAAACUUGGGCGCACCGCCUGUAAGCUAUGAGGGAGAGGGUAGCCCCAUAAUUUGGCCUAUUUCAAAACAAGUGACAGUACAAAGAUGACCUACAAUAAUAAUUUGGAUCAUGACCGACAUUUCAAAAGAGAGACUACCAUCACCUCAGAAUCUUGGGCGCGCCGCCUGUAAGGUUCUGAGGGAGAGGGAAGCCCCAUAAUUUGGCCUAUUUCAAAAACAAAUGACACUACAAAAAUAACCUACAAAAAUAAUUUCUAUUAUGACCGACAUUUUAAAAGAAAGACUACCUUCACUUCUGAAUCUUGGGCGCGUCGCCUGUAAGCUCUGAGGGAGAGGGUAGCCCUAUAAUUUGGCCUAUUUCAAAAACAAAUGACACUACAAAAAUCUCCUACAAAAAUUGUUUGGAUUAAGACCGACAUUUCAAAAGAGAGACUACCUUCACCUCAGAAUCUUGGGCGCGCCGCCUGUAAGCUCUGAGGGAGAGGGUAGCUCUAUUAUUUGGCCUAUUAAGUAGAAAACAAGUAACAAUACAAAGGUAACCUGAAAUAAUAAUUUUUGGAUUAUGAUUGACAUUUCAAGGAGGCUAAAAUGACUGAUAUAGAAACCAUCCUGUAUCUGUGACGUUGAUUAUACAGAUCGCCCAAGCGAACACGAAGAUGUUGAAGUGGAAGCUAGAAUAUCUAAAGUAAUUCAGCGUCUUGGGCUCCUUCCAGCGAAUAAGAUUUUGGCGGGAUUUCCACGGUGCUUGGCGGGCUUUUUGGAGAGUGAUUUGUCACUGGAGGCACAUCGACGCUUACAUCGUCUGAAGCCAGAGAAAAAAGACUUGAAUCCUUCGCCGUUUGAUCAAAAAGGUCGUCCAUUGAUUCAGAUAAUCGGUCUUGAUGUUCCUCAAGGAGAUGUGAAGUAG